AUGGACGCGCAAGAUGGGGAAAAUCCGGUGAGAUCAGGGAAACGUUUUAAAGAACGUGUUCAGAGCUUUUAUUUCUGUAUCAUCGUUGCCGGAUGUGUAGGGUUCGGCAUUUGUGUGGUGGGUCUAGGGAUCGCCAAAUUCAUUAUGGGUAUUCUAUACUUCGAUGAUUGUGGACUACAGCCUCUCCUGCCGGUGUAUCUGAUCGUUGAAUUCUGCAUGGCUGUGCUGUUGUUUAUCGUUAUCUUGGUGUCUGUGUACAAGAACGAUAAAGAAGAAAAGUCAAAAUCGUUAUCAACAACCACCACAACAGCGACACAAAAGUUCAGUAUCAUUCCUGCAGUCAUCUGCCUGGCGUCCGUCCUAGUACCAUUGUUUCUCUCCAUUUGGUUUAUCGUUGGCACGGUCUGGGUGGUGGACGUGAGGGCAGAAAUAAGAGCGCCAGGACACUGCAGACACUCAACAGCUGCAACAACAUUCCCGACAGCAUCCUCGUGGAGUAGUACCUACACCAGCAUGAACACUCAGAACCCAGCAUCUACUGGGAAUAAUAUUAGCUCAAUUCCAAACGUCACUAGUCUGAAUGAAAUUAAUACGACGUCUGCGGCCAGGGCUGAAUGUUCAUCGUGUGACGAAACAUUCGUUGAAUUCACUUUUGGUGUUAUCAUUGCGCAGUGGGUGAUUUUUGGCGCUCUCUUGAUGAUUGUGAUAGUUGCUUUGGUAACUUUGGGCUUCCUCCUCUGCCUCUGUAAAGCAGUUAACGGAUGA